GCGGCAACGAAAUAUUAAUUGAUGGGUCCGCCGAAGGGGAUCAUGGCACCGCUGCCGCCGAGCCUCCCCGUGCUCCUCACCGUCAAGGCCGGGCAGCGCGACAAGAGCCGCAAAACCGUUGCGACGUACGAGUUUGAGCACGUCCUCGAGGAGGGCUUCAACGUGCUCUUCUCCAAGGCGGCCAACUACCUGGACCGCGCCGUCGUGACGCACAACGAGAGCCCCAACCCGCCGCCGCAGGGUAAAGCCAAGCUCGUCAAGAUCCCGAGCGUCGUCAAGGUGUUUCUGAAAACGAGCACGAACGCGACGCAGAAAGAGUACGUCUGCAUCGAGGUCGGCAACUACAUGGCGGCGAUCACGUCCGCGUGGAACAACGCGUCGGUUCGUCGCGGCGGCCAAACAGCAUACAAGCUCGAGCUCUUCGUCUACCUCAAGCGAAGAGACGGCGGCGACAUCGAUGGUCUCGAGGGCAUGCCAAAGGCCGAGCCUGCGCGCCUCGUCCAGGUACCUUCCACCUCGACGUACGACGCGCAGGCGACGUUCGCCGAGGCGCCCAUGGUGCCGGUGCUCUUGCCGAGCGACGUGCGGCCGACGUCGGCGCCCGUGCGACCGAGCAGCGUGUCGGUGUAUCGUCCGCUGGACUUUUUGAUCAACGGGCAGGUUGUGCCCAUGCUCGUCAACGUCGAGCAGCUCCGGAGCUUGCUCGCCGAGCCGCCGCAGCCGCAGUAG